AAUUAUCCUUAUUAAUUUACAAAAAUAAUUGUAACUGUUGAACAUUUGUUUUCUUGUUUUCAAGAAAUAUUGAUAUUUAUUUUUUUUAAGUUCCAGGAAAUAGACGUUUACUUUCGAAUUUUCGAAAACCGCUAUAAUCGUAAAAUUUUCGAUAUUUUUGUUCAUGAUUGGGUUCAUAUGUUUCCAAAAGCCAUAGGCAAAAGAAAUUAUCCUUUUUAAAUCAUUUUUAAAGAAACGUUUUGCAAAAAAAAGAAAAUAUGACGGCUAGUGCACAAAUUUGCUUCACUGGAGACUCAGGCUGUCCUAACUUUGAUCCUAAUCAAUUUAAAUCAGACGUGUGCAAAAUAUGUAGCAAAAAGAUACAAAGUCACAUCGGAGCAACAAAGGAACAGAUCUGCAGUGCUCUAGAGUAUAUUGUAGAUUCUAUACCUACCCUAGUGCUGCUGGACGAAACAGGAGGAGGUCUGUACAUGGGCGGGUACAAAGCUGGAUUAAACAUAGAAAACCUAAAAAACAAGAAGGUUGGUUUGGUGGUGUGUACAGCUGGAGGUUUAGAAAGAGUUCUAGGUCCGAAAUACAAGCAACAGUUGGAACAACGUCAUCAGAAACUGACUGAGAUCGAAGAUCUGUUUAUUGAUCUCUCCGAUGAUCUUGAACAAGUUCUAGACUUUGCUGAACUAACCAGAAUAUCUGAGAGAAUACAACAUUAUCUAGAGCUAGGAUCAUCUGUAUUGGUUCAUUGUGCACAGGGAAAAUCCAGAUCAGCUGUUGUAGUCGUCUUCCAUUUGCGUAGGAUUUUAAACAUCAGUUUUGAGGAAGCGUUGAAAAGGGUUAAACAAGCUCGAAGCAUGGCUGAACCAAAUCCAAACUUUAUUAACCAAUUAAUAAAUUUUGAACGGACGGAAAGAUACAAACAAAAAGUAAAUCAACCAAUCGGAGAUGUUAGUUAGUUUCUUUAACCUACAGGGGGUUUUAAAAAAUAAAAUAAACUUUUUUUAUAGUUA